AAUCCAGUACUAUUCACUAAUCUUCAAUACAAAAAGUAGUCCCAAUAUAUAUAUCCCCAUAAAUCCAUUUCUUCUUCUUUCAGCUCUUCAUUUUCUCGGCGAUUUUCUGCUCAACCACACGAUUCCGACGUUCUCCUAUCCCCGUACUGUUUUACACAAUCUAUCACUAGUGAUCGCCGAUGCAUUCGCCGGUCCGGUGAACUUGUCGUUGCCUUGAAUUCGCUCUCAGAUCUGUGCUUGAAGUUCCCCCCUAAAGGUCAAACUAGCUCUAGACAAAAGCAUUUGCAUGUCGACCAGAUGAGCAGAACUGAUGUUAUUUGCAGUAGAAGGAGGAGGUUUCUUCUCGUCUUCAGCUUCUGGAUAUAGUAAGGGUCUGACCCUUCUACUCUUGGGUCAGAAGAACGAAGAGAAGCCCAUGAGAGUUGCACCGUGGAACCAGUACCAGUUGGUGGACCAAGAAACUGAUUCUGAUCUCCAGCUGGCUUCCGGGAAGAACAGGCUUGUCCGCGGGUGCGGCUCCUUUGUAUGCUUUGGUCGCGCUGCCGCUGGACCUGAGAGCCCAUCUCCCCUUAAAGUUGGUCCUACCCAACAGCCAGAAGUGUUGCCCAGCUGUCCCGCUUCAGACAAGGGCAGCGAUCAGCCGCAAUGUGUUAAUAUUGUUGAGGACAGUUAUAUUUCACCAAAGCUUGCUCUUAAGAGUAGCCUAAAAAAACCAGUAAAUAGUGUUUCCAUUUCUGGUGGUAAUGAACGUGAUACAAUAUCUGAAAAGGUUGAUGAUGCCCCCAAUCCUGUGGAGAAAAGGAAAGUGCAGUGGACCGACACAACCGGAGGAGAACUUUUUGAGAUACGGGAAUUUGAGCCUAGGUGGCAACAUGUCUUUGUAUUGUUCUUGUGAAGCACAGUUUCAAGGCACAAGAUACAUUUGAUAAGACUGUUCGAUGAUGGUGAAUCAGAUGAUGAGUUUGAGAGUGGGAAUGAAAGAACAUGUUCUUGCAAGAUAAUGUAAUUUUAGCUCCUUCUAGAAGGUUUAGGAAGGCGACAAUCAAGGUGCUGCUUACGGGGGAAGUUGGUUUUGUGACAUGCCUUGCUCAACUAUCAUUCGGGGCAAUUGAAAUUUGAGGCUGUAUUAGGUAGUGUGGCCACAUUUAUCAUGGGCUUUUCUGGUUUUGGCUGUGACUAAUCUAUUGUCUAUAUUCAAAUUCUUGGAUGACAUUUUUGUUUCUCUGGGGUCUGCUUGUCCAUUGUUUUCAUAAUUACAUAUUUCAUCCUUUUUACGAUA